UAGCAUUUUAAUGUCACAUUAAUAUUUCGGGUAUAAAUCGGGACGGUCCUGCAGCUAUUUUUGCAUGAUGGCUGACAGAGAUAACAUACAUGUAAGCGUGGUCCUACCUGCUGGGGGUACUGGGGAACGUUUUGGGAGUUCAUUGCCAAAACAGUUUUGCAGACUGUUGGACAGACCCAUUAUCCUCUACACACUCCAGGAAUUCCACAAAUUGAGUUGUGUAAACCACAUUGUUGUGGUAGUCUCUCAGCCAUAUGUGGACUAUUUAGAAGAGUUGGUGGAAAGUCAUGGUUACACUAAAGUAAUGGUGGUGAGAGGGGCCCACACCCGUCACAGAUCGAUUAACAAUGGAGUAAAGACACUCAAAUCAGUUUUGGAGCCCUCUGACGUGGUGAUAAUACAUGAUGCUGUACGCCUGUUUGUUGGUGAGAGUGUAAUACAGGAUGUAGCCAAGGCUGCCAGGGAGACUGGGGCAGCAGGUGUUCAUCGUCCACUUAUUUCCACUGUGAUUGCUUCUGAUGAGUGUGGCUACCUGGAGGAGUCACUAGACCGCAGCAGAUAUCACGCCAGUGAGAUGCCACAAGGAUUCAUCUUCUCUGUUAUUCUGUCUGCAUAUGAAAAGGCCACAGAGCAUGAUUUUGAUUUUGGAACCGAAUGUCUCCAACUUGCAUUGAAAUAUACCAGCACAAAGGCCAGACUAAUAGAAGGUCCUAGUAAUCUUUGGAAGGUAACCUUAAGAAAGGACUUGUAUGCAGCAGAGGGCAUGCUCAAAGAGAAUGAGAUGCAGGUUCAAGUGGUUGGAUGCUGUGAUAGAGAUCUUGUCACCUGUUUAGAACAGGAAUUAGGUGCUCGACAUCUCAAGGUAACGAUAUGUGAUUCCUUGGAAACUUGUGACCUUGUGGACGUGAACUGUACUGUGUACUACCAUACUCAGUUUGACAGUGAUGUUAUAACAGACUACACAGAAAAUCUAGUCAGGGAACAGAAAAAAUCCUCUUUGGCACCCCUAACACCUUUCCUGGAUAAAGUGAUAGUUCAUGUGAUACAGUUGGAGGAUGAGAUGGUGAACUGCUUUAAAAAGAUCAAAAAUAUUGUGCAGAGGAAUUGUCAAUCUUGGAGGAAGAAACACCUGCUGGUAUAUUUUGUUUUGAAUGAGACAAACACCAGUGUUACUGUGGUAUCAAAAAUGGUGGCAAGUAUUGUAUGGACAAGAGACCCUGUCAUGGCUGGACAAAUCUACAUGUCAUUUGACUGACCUCACAAGGCAUGGACAAGAGACCCUGUCAUGGCUGGACAAAUCUACAUGUCAUUUGACUGACCUCACAAGGUACGGACAAGAGACCCUGUCAUGGCUGGACAAAUCUACAUGUCAUUUGACUGACCUCACAAGGCACAGACAAGAGACCUUCUCAUGGCUGGACAAAUCUACAUGUCAUUUGACUGACCUCACAAAGUAUGGACAAGAGACCCUGUCAUGGCUGGACAAAUCUACAUGUUAUUUGACUGACCUCACAAAGUACGGACAAGAGACCCUGUCAUGGCUGGACAAAUCUACAUGUCAUUUGACUGACCUCACAAAGCACGGACAAGAGACCCUGUCAUGGCUGGACAAAUCUACAUGCAAUUUGACUGACCUCACAAGGAAUGGACAAAUGACACCUGUGAUAACCACACAGAUCUACGUUUUUAUUGAUCAAAAUCCACUCUAUAAGGAGAAAUCAUGCAACAGCUGGAUAGAAAAACAAUUAUUUAGACUAACCUCUCACAGUUUGAUCUGGAACACUGUGAGGAUGGAAUUUAUCAUGUUGUCUUGGAUAUACCUACAACACCUGGUGAAAACAGGGUGACUAAAAUUAUACAUAAGGACAAAUUGGAGAAACAUUGUAUGCUGGACAAUUCUACACACUCAUUGCUGACCAUUGUCACAUUCUAUGGAUAGAGGGAUCUGGUCAGUUGACGUUUAUUCACAACAGUUACAACAGAACCUGCCAAUACAUAUUUAUCUACCGAUUGUUAUAUGAGCAGCACAACCUCAUUUGAAAAUGAAUUGUUAUACCCCCACCAUUGUAUGUUCAGGGAGAGGAAGGCUGGAGUAGAUAGUGUUACCUAUGUCAUGUCUGUUUCGAAUUUAUUUUACAACUUUUUAAACUUCAUACAUCAAGGUCAUCAUUACAGUAUAUAGAAAAACGAUAUGCAUGGGACCAGAAAUGUUCAUCUCAUACAGAUAAUCUCUCAUUUUGCUUUGAUAGUCCAAUAAAAAAACACGAUUUGCUAAAUAUAUUUUUACCAGGGGAAAAACAAUCUAGAUUUUUUACUUUUAUAUACUUUUAUUUAACACUCAAUUGACCAAUCAGAGAGCAGGAUUUAGUGUGAAAAUAAGACAUUUGGCCAGUCAAACCUGACGUCACACAAGCGGAAGUGUGGUCACUUUCUGACAUUUAGUCUGGUUUUUUGAUGGGGAUAGAUUGAAGAACAUACCAUUAAUGAAUAGAAUAUUUUGUUUUCUUGUUUUUUUAUGUAGGGUAACACUUCUCAGAUGUUAACUAUAUUUUACAUUUUCACUUAUCAUCACAUUCAUAUUGGUAUUAUACAUCUGGGAGAUUAUUUUUAAAAACUGUUGUUUCUGUUUUAUCACAAUGUAAUGCUCUUCAGUCACACCUGUCUAUAGAGGCCACACAAGGGAGCAGAGAAAUGUGGCCUUUACAGACAGGUAAGUGUUUUUUAUACAGAGGUUCAACCUUUCUGAUUUGUAUUACACUGGAACCUGUGACAAAUGGCCUGUAUAAACAAUAUCUUUUUCUUACUAAAUGUUUCAUCUGAACAAAGUUACAUGUUUACAUAUAAAACUCCAUAUAGUGAGUUGUGUAUAUAAUUAAAGCUAAUGGAAAAUUGUUAUGAAAUGUAGCAUUAAGCCCAGUGUGUUACAGGGUCAAUUAAUUAUUUCCUAUAUUUCAGCAUUAAUGACAAAGAUUCGAUAAACUAUUAUGGUGACCGUCGAGGCCUGGUCAACUUUGCGUGGACAGUUUAAAAAAUAUCUACAAAAAAUAAGAAUGUCUAGACAGUAAGCUACAUACCUCAGUCAAAAUGGCUUCGAAAAUCUGUCUUAAAAUAAAGCAAUUUUUGAAGAUACUCCGUGAUCCCUUCAGAAAAAAAAAAAUGCUGCUGCUUAUUUUCGAGAUUUAAGGGUAGGUCAACAUGGUGCCAAAAUGAAAUGUCAUAAUAUUGUUACGCGAUGUAGAAUGUGUCUUAAAAUUGGUGAAUGCAAGAUUGACUUAACAUUGAAUGCCAAGGGAUUAAAAUAUGAAAUGUAGAUUUAUAAUGUAAAGUUUCUCAUGUGUUUAAAGAAACAGAUAUGUGAAAAGUAUGGUGCUAUCUUAUCAUUUACAGAUGACCCUUAAGGUUGUAAAUACUCAAAACUGAUUGUGUUCUCAUAUUAGUUUUACAUUUAUCAGGAACUUGCUGGUAUAAUAUUUAUCAUUGUUUACAUAAUAGCAAACUGUGUUAGUAGUUGUUGGGGAAAACCUCGAUUUUAGAGAAUAUUACGUUUAUGACUUAUGUUGGUGAAGGAGAAAUAUAUUUUUUUGUUCCGAUCUACAACAUGUGUAUGUUUAUAAUGUAUUUUUGUGAUCUGAUCUAGCUGUCUUUCACAGUGCCAUUCAUGUUGUGCAAUAUUUUUUUCAAGUACAUAAGCAUUAUUCAAAUUUUUAUUUUGAAGAUUUCUGCUUAUAUGUGUUUGUUUGCAUGUUAUUUUUAUUAAGAUAUUUUACGUGUACUAUCUGUUGAGAUAGUUAAGUACAUAAUACAGUUAAAUACCCGUAAUCAGUUUUUGAAUUUGUUUGAAAAUCAUGAAUUAUUCUCACCUGAAGAUGAACGACUGAUUGACUGAUCAAUGUCAUAUGCCGAGAUAUUUAAAUUUUCUUGCAACUAGAUGAACCUCUAUAGGAUUUUACAUGAGUUUCUUAAACCAAAUAUCACAUGGAAUUCCAUUUCCUUUAUAAUGAUUAAUUAUUUUGGCGAAUAUUGCAGAAAAUUAUUCUCGUCCAUGUAAAAGCCAAGUCCUUUUGGCUACCGUAUUUAUAUACGGUCUCUCUCGUGAUGUCUCUGUAAUCUGUGAAUGGUCGUCGUUAUAUCUUAUCUAAUCCUGACAUCACAAUAGACCAUAUCACAGGAUGUAAUACAAAGAAUGUGGGUAUAUUCACAGAAUACUGUGACAAUUAAGUGGUAUAAAUAUAAUUAAGUUUAAAUGGUGUUGGUAAUUAUUUUUUCUUUCUGUUUUUCUUGCCAUUUUAAAACAUGAUAAAAUGAUUUUAAAUAGU